AUGGAGAGGGCUGCUGAGGAGGAAUCUCCACAAUCCUCCCCAAAAUCCCUCCUCCCCAAAACCCUAACCCUAACCCGCCUAAUCUCCACGUUCCCUUCCCUCUCUCAGAAGCCUCAGCUCUACGAUCCCCCCUCUUCUUCUCAUCAAGAUGAAGACUCCCAAGAUCCAAAGCCCCAGGUCCCUCAUUCGUCUUCAAUCUCUCCUCUCCCGCCGAAUCCCUCGUCUGGAUCCCCACUCUACAACGAGAACUGGCGAAACCCUAGCCCCGUCCCCGACUCCAGCCAGUCCCUCGUCCCCAUCGGACACCCCAAGAUCUUGGCCUUCUCUCAAACCCUAGAUGUGCCGAGCUUGAUGGACGUGUUUGCUGGCUGUAUGACAUCGCAGAGGUGGUCGGAUUUGAAGCAGCUCUUUGAGUACUGGAUUCGGAACUUGGAUGCGAGCGGGAAGCCCAACAAGCCCGAUGUGGGCCUCUUCAAUCAUUACCUCAGGGCUAACUUGAUGUUGGGGGCCACGGCCGGAGAGUUGUUGGAUUUGGUUGCCAUGAUGGAGGAGUUUAAGAUCUCUCCCAAUGCAGCAUCCUAUAAUUUGGUGCUCAAGGCCAUGCAUCAGGCCGGAGAGAGUGAGGCUGCAGAGAAGUUGAUCGAUAGGAUGAUCCAUACGGGCAUUAUGCCUGAUGACGAAUCAUACAAUUUGGUUAUUGGUCUUUUAAUAUCAAGAAACCAAAUUGAUUCAGCUUUGAAGUUUUUGGAUUUAAUGCUUAAAUCUGGCCACAUGCUUUCAUCAAGCGCAUUCAUGGAUUGUGUGUGGCGCUGCUUGUCUGCUGGGAGGCUGGACACUUUAUCAACCAUCAUACAGAAAUGCAAGACAAGUGACCAGAACAAGGCAUUGAGUCCAAACUGGAACAUGUGUAACACUAUUGCUGAUGUUGCAUUGCAAGCUGAUAAUAGCAAAUUGGCUUACUAUGCUUUGGAAUUUCUUUAUCGAUGGAUUCAUCAUGGAGAAAUUGCUAGACCACCUACUCUUCUUUCUGUCGACGAAGGAUUAGUUGUUUCAGCUCUUGGUGCUGCAGCUAGAACAUAUAAUUCUAACCUUCUAGAUGCGUCGUGGUCAAUCCUGCGCCGUUCCCUUCGUCAGAAGAGGGCACCAAGUCCAGAAACUUUCCUCGCAAAGAUUUAUGCGUAUGCAUCAAUUGGGAAUUUGCAACGUGCUUUUGCUACCCUUAACGAAUUUGAAACUGUGUACGGGAAAACGACUGCUACCGAUUCAGACUUAUUUUCUCCUUUUACUUCAUUGCAUCCACUGGUUGUUGCUUGCUGCAGAAAUGGUUUCUCAACCUUGGACUCGGUUUAUGUUCAAUUGGAGAACUUGAGUCGUGCAGAUACACCUUACAAGUCAGUUGCUGCUCUCAACUGUGUAAUAUUAGGCUGUGCAAACAUAUGGGAUCUUGAUCGGGCUUACGAGACCUUUCAGGCCAUUGAGGAAAAGAUUGGGUUAACACCUGAUAUACAUUCUUAUAAUGCUCUAUUGUGUGCAUUUGGUAAGGUGAAAAAGACGUCUGAAGCUGCUUCAGUGUUUGAGCAUUUAGUAAGUAAAGAUGUCAAGCCAAAUGCAACUACAUAUAGAUUGCUAAUUGAAGCAAAUCUUGUCAAUAGAGAUCCAAAGGCUGCUAUUUCUAUGCUUGAUCAGAUGGUUGAUGCAGGGUUUACACCUUCAAGAGAGACUUUAAAGAAAGUCAGAAGACGCUGCUCUCGAGAAUCAGAUUUUGCUAGUGAUGAGAAGAUACAGUCUCUAGCCCAAAAGUUCAAGUAUCGUAUGGGCAAUGAAUUCCGUCGAGAGAUGCUUUAUAACCUCCAGUACUCUACACAAUAUUAGUUGAAGAUAACUUGUCCUGCAUCACUAGCAGGCUGCUGAAAAGGGGUGUUGGCUGUUUGGAGGAUGCAUUAUCUGUCACUGUAAAUUAACUUAGUUGUACCUGGUUUUUUAUUCAUUUGGGGGGGGGGGGGGGGGGCGGAUUUCUGUUGAGCCUUCCUUCUCUCCCUCCCUCCCUCUGUCUCCCCCUAAUUAUUUUUUACGUUGAGCACUAAGUAUGUUGUGUACUUCAGUAGGUCAACAUCUGUGGCUCUGUCCUUCAGACAAGUCGGAUUUUCUGAAUAAUUCGGGAAAUUUUCAACUAUCCGGGGCAUGUUAUUGAUCUCUGUCCCUCGAAGUUACGGGUUCUAUAUUUUGCAGGAUCUUUGAUUUUGUGGAAAUGUCUUGUGCCAUUUAUUCGUGUAUGUGCUGUCAUAGCACACUGAUCGAAAAGUUUGCUGAUGCAACUCAAGAGUAUCUGCUAGUUUUGUUUUUGAGUUGUUUUUUUUAAUCUUAUGAUCUUUUGGCAAACAUUUGCCAUUGGCAUGGUGCUUGCUCGUGUUGCAGUCAUACAAGUAAUAAUGUAGAUUUACUUUUAUGCUUU